UUACAAAAGCAAAGAGAAGGUCCACUACUACUCUUUAACAACUGCUGGAAUUGCGGCACCUGCUAGAACAUCAGCGUCUUGCUCCGCGCUUGCUCCGCGCUUGCUCUGACGUUGUACACCUGGAGAGAGCCAGAGAUCUCAGCGAAACCGGACGCCUUGCAUCGAAAGCUCGGAAAAACGCGAACUCUUGCAGCAGUGAUGGAAGACGAGCAGUGCGAUCAUCGACUCUAGUGCAAACAUCGGGUUGCAAUGGCGACCCCUGAACAACCAGGAUGCGUGGGGGUUCUGUGAAGAAAAGACAUCGCUGCCGUUGUGGUGGCCUUCCUGUCAGGCCUUCGACUCUGCUGCUGCAGCAGUCGCCGACGUUGGUACGGUCACCAUCGUUACCAGCGCCUGGAGUAUCUUCGGGUUCGAUCGGAGGAGUCCGGAGAACAAACUCCAGAAGUGCCUUCGCGCUCUCGGGCGGCCUUGAAGCUCGAUGGAGCGCUUGCCAGACUAUAUCCGAGAGACGGUUGUGUGGCUCACCGGCCGGGGCAAACGCAAAGAGCCUACGGAGGAGCAGCCGAAAAUUUACCUGGAGAAUCAAGUUCUCGAGCGCACCGUUAACGAAGAUGCUCUCAAAGAACUUGUAGCCUUGCCGGAAGGCCUGGAUUACCACGAAUGGUUGGCAUUCCACACGCUCGCCUUCUUCGAGCAUGUGAAUAUGAUCUAUGGAACCGUCGCAGAAUUCUGCACCGUAUCGGGGUGUCCAGAUAUGUUGGGACCCGGCAACCGUCAGUACCUGUGGUUCGACGACCGCGGAAAGAAAUGCCGCCUAGCUGCGCCACAAUAUGUCGAUUAUGCGAUGACGUUCACGCAGAACACGGUGACGAACGAGAAUUUUUUUCCCACCAAGUUCGAAGGUGAAUUCCCGGCGUCUUUCGAGUCUAUCAUCAAGAAAAUACAUCGACUCCUGCUCGCUGUUCUAGCGCACCUGUAUCACGGCCACUUCAGAGAAAUUCUACUGUUGGAACUGCAUUCUCAUUUGAAUACACUCUUCUCACAUUUCACACUGUUCAACGCCCAGUUCGGUCUCAACGACGACGACGUGCUCCAAGAUCUCGCAGUUGCUCUCAAACUGCUGCCGAAAACAGGAGGUGUCUUGGAACCCGACGAGCGGGGCUCGACCCCGACGGCGAGUGCUCCGCAGGAGGACAUUGAAUCUUCGACAGGCUCUGAUCUGUGACCGCUGAACAGAACGCAUCAAGAAAUUGCAGACAGACAACAGAGCGUCAAGCGAACCUACCAUUGAACAAGCGAACGAAGGAGCAAUUAGCUUUAGACAAUUCAGUCGUUCCUCUAGUCAUUCCCAGGAAUGAAUCCGAUUCCCGUUGCCAGGAGAGACAGACUGAUUCGAUUUCAACCGCAAUAUAGCCUAAAAUGAAAGGUGAAUGUUGCAACGGCCAUGUACUUAGAUGACUAAAAGUAGAGAAGCCGCCGCCCCCGCAACCGCCAAGAAUCGUACGGAGCCGGUGGUCGCACUGUGAACAUCAACUCCGAAUCGCGAAUACUACGGCACGGAUUAGAACGACAGGUCGAUGAUCUCUGGUACUGGCAUCCAGAGACAACCUUUACAAAAUAGUUGAUGAUGCUCCCUAAAGGAAUCGAAGCCGAGGAACAGAGAGACCAUUGCGUCUCGGUGGGUUACUGAAUGGAGGUUGUUAUUAGAUGUUGAAACGUAUUCAGCUUUUAUCAUUAUUGCGACCAUUGGUCAGCGGUCUUAUUACUACGAUUAAUACUACUAUCGUUAUCACUGCGAUGAUGAUGAUAAUGGAUACGGAUGGUAAGUGUGUAUUAUCGACUGAUAGGUCGGAGCAGUUAUCGAAAGUGCCGUUGACUCGUAGAGCCACCGCACUGAGGGUAACCGUAGCUCCGAGAAACCCAGAAGUGGAUGGUGUACGGUUUCCCUUCUGUUGAUGGG